AUGUCUAUUCCUAAUAGUGACUGGUAUCUAGGAGGUACUCCUGGUAGGGCUGUAUUUUAUACUGGAUUUGGUUGCUUUGCCGCUGCAUCAGGUGGAUUUCUAAUUUCAACUAUGAUGGCAAAAACGGAAAAAAUUCAGAAGUUUUCUAUCAAUUCAAUGAUGAUUACAGCCAUAGCAGCAACAGCUUAUUUGGCCAUGGCAUUUGAUCAAGGAAAAAUAAUAAAUGUGAGCACAGGACGAAUUAUUUUUUAUGCUAGAUAUAUUGAUUGGGCAUUAACAACUCCCUUACUAUUAUAUGAUUUAGCUCAAUUGGCGGGUGUUAACAAGAAUUUGAUGCGUUUAUGUUUAUUUUUUGAUGAACUGAUGAUUUUAUUAGGCUUAUUUGGUGCUUUAUCAUUAAAACAAGCGUAUUUAUGGGGUUGGUUUAGUCUUGGCUGUCUGGCUUUUUUUCCAGUUUUAUACUUACUGUUUUUUGUCUAUCCGAAAUAUACAAAGCCUGAAACAACAAAGACUGCUUACACCGUCCAAAGCUGCGUUUUGGGAGGUUUAUGGUUGAUUUAUCCUAUUGCUUGGGGAUUAGGUACAGGUGGUAAUGUCAUCUCUGUCGAUGCGGAAACCAUUUGGUUCUUGCUAUUAGAUGUAUUGACAAAAGUAGCUUAUAGUUCAAUGUUGCUAACUAUCUGGCGUGAAGUAUUGCCUUUUACUGAUGGAAAUAUCUCUGGCUAUCCUACAGAGAUGAGAAAUCAGCCAAACUCAAUCCAGGAUGGGAAUACUGGUGUGUCUCGACGUGUGUAUAAACCCGAUGUUACGACCGCAUUUUGA